UGACCAUAAAUUUUCUUUUGGUGAUCUAUGGUUACAACUAGUCGACAUAGAGUAGUUUUUAUAUUAUCUAUGUUUCUGUUUAUCUAUGACUUUUAUUGCUUAUGGUGGGUGUCUUCUGGGUGUUGUCUCUGGAAUCCUUGAUGCUACUAAAACUAGUAAAUUAUAAAAGGAAAUCAAAUAGUGUCAGUGAAAUUUAAUAAUGUGGGAAUAUCUGGAACGAGCCUCAGAGGUAUUCUGGAGUGAGUCGGUUUGGUUACCGCCUAAUACAACAUGGAAAGAUAUUGCUCCUGAACCAGGCAAAUCGGUGACUUUUCCAAACUCGAAGCAUUUGUAUUAUCCAAUACCAAUGGCAUUUUUAAUGUUAGGAUUGCGAUAUUUACUCGAAAGGUAUUGGUUUGCCCCAGUCGGAUUGUCUCUAGGUAUUAAGAAUACUAGGCCCAAAAAAGCACCGUCAAAUCCAAUUUUAGAAAAAGCAUACCAAUCAAAAUCAAAAUUAAGUCAUAAACAGAUUCAAGGAUUGGCCAAGCAACUAGAUAUGUCAGAAAGACAGGUUGAAAGAUGGUUAAGGUUAAGAAGAAGUCAGGAUAAGCCAUCGACUUUGGUAAAGUUUUGUGAGAAUUCUUGGCGUUGUUUUUAUUAUACCAUAAGCUUUAUUUAUGGAUUAACCAUCUUGUGGAGCAAGCCAUGGUUGUGGGAUAUAAACGAGUGCUGGUACACCUUUCCCAAUCAGUCUGUUACAACAGAUUUAUGGUUCUAUUACAUGAUGAAUUUGACAUUUUAUUGGUCAUUGUGCUUUAGUCAUUUCUUUGAUGUUGUUCAUAAAGACUUUUGGCAAAUGUUCAUUCAUCAUGUAGCAACUAUAGUUUUAAUGUCCUUAUCAUGGAUAGGAAACUUAGUAAGAAUAGGAAGUUUAGUAAUUGUGGUUCAUGAUUGUGCCGAUGUAUUUUUAGAGGCUGCAAAAAUGACCAAGUAUUCUGGUUAUCAAAGAGUUUGUGAUGUAAUUUUUGCUAUUUUUACAAUUUCAUGGAUAAUUACAAGGACUGGAAUUUAUCCAUUUUGGAUAAUAAGGAGUACUUCCAUCGAAGCACCAAAAAUAGUGCCGAUGUUUCCUGCCUAUUACAUUUUCAACAGCCUUUUACUCUNUAUGUUUAGGAUUUGGAUUUAUUAG